CAGUGACAACCAAAGAAGACUAUAUUCAAACAGCGAACCCAAUUCAAACCAUUGGACUUGAUCUACUACAAUACAAUAAAAUAAACAAACCGCCGUGAUGCCCAAGUCAAAGCGCUCCAAAGUCAUACACCUCACGCAGGUCAACAAGAAGACCCGCGAGAACAAGGAGCGCCUCUUCGAAAAUAUCCGCGAAUGCAUCCCCCAGUACCAGCACUGCUUCAUCUUCGCCGUCGACAACAUGCGCAACACAUACCUGAAAGAUGUGAGGCAGGAAUUAUCCGAUAGCCGCAUCUUCUUCGGCAAAACAAAACUCAUGGCCCGCGCCCUCGGCCACAGCCCCGAGGACAGCUACGCCGACAACAUAUACAAGCUAACCCCGUACCUGCGCGGCACCGUCGGCCUAAUCUUCAGCAACCGGCCCCCUGCGCAACUCCUCCCGUACCUAGAGUCUCUAGCGGGUGAAAAAGUCGACUUCGCGCGCGCCGGCGCAGUCGCACCCAGAGACUUCGUCAUCCCCCCGGGAACCUUGUACGCCACAGGCGGCGAGGUGCCUGCCGAGCACGACGUCCCGCUAGGACAUACCCUGGAGCCGGAGCUACGACGCCUGGGCAUGCCCGUGCGCAUGGUCAAGGGGCGCGUUGUGCUGGAGGAGGCGCUUGAGGGAGCGCGUAAGGAAGAAGGGUAUGUGGUGUGUCGGGAAGGCGAUGUGUUGGACUCGCGGCAGACGAGGCUGCUGAAGUUGUUCAGCGUGUGCAUGAGCGAGUUUAAGAUCAAAGUCGUCGCGUACUGGAGCGCCGCUACGUCCGAAGUCACGCCCGUGGACCCGGAGGCCAUGGACGGUGUUGAGGACGAGGGAAGCGAUUAAGGGAUUAAGGGGAAACACAUGUCCGUUGCUGGCACUAUACUCACUAUUCCUGUAGUUUCCCCCCUCCCCCUACCCCCGUAUAUAUUCUCGUAUGUGCAUUUACGGCGAUACCAUGGUUGCUGGCGUUUUUUGGCAGAGGCAAAAAGAUAGGGGCCGGAAAGGUUUUUCAUGAUUAAUUCGGGUUUUCACUAUUUCGCUAUGCUCGCAUUAGCAUUGGCAUUGGCAUUGGCAUCUUAGGCUUAUCUAGGUCGAAAGGCAUUAUAUGAGUCGUCAUCAUCCAAGACGACAGCGACAGCCGUCUAAAAACU